UUAACCAAUUUGUUGUGAUAUCUCUGUCUGUGUCCAAUCAAUCUUGCCCACUUUGCUUGCUUGAAUACCCCAUUAAUUGUGCCAACUAAAUCUUUAAUUUCCCUUUUGAACUCUCGCUUUACUUUUCAUCUAUCUCUUUCAAUUUCUUUUUUUAUUCAUAUUAAACUUUGAAUUUUUAUUGCCAUGAUGAAAAUAAAAGUUCUACCUUUUCUUACUUUCAUUCACUAAACAAUUAUGGUGACAAAAAGCUAAAAUCAUGCUAAUAAAUCAUUAUGUGGGUUAUUGUUAUCUGUACUUUUAUGUUAUUUUGUUCUUUCUCUCUUUUAAGGUAAUCGUGUUUGUUUUGAUGAUUGGACUUAUAAUUUGGUAAUUUCCAUAUAUCUACCAGAAACAGACACGGGGUACCCAUUACUGUGAAAAGGUGAAAUGAAGUGAUGGUAGAAAGAAAAAUAGUAGAAAAAAAUGAAUUAGUUAGAUUGGUAUCUUCACUAUGACACACGAUCACAUGACCAACCAUCCCUUUUCUUGUUCACUGCCUACAUUUUAAGAUCUUAUUUUUGUCUCGUUUGCGGAUAGCUUAUUCCAAGCAACUUUAAUUGGGAUCCAUUGAAUUGAUUCUAAUGCUAAUUACAGCCUGUAGUGUUCACAGCUUUUCUUUUGGAGAGUUAGCUGUGUGGUAAUUCAGCUCUGCUGUUUGAGUAUUAAUGGGUGAAUCAAUAGUGGCUACCUCAUAUGAUGAAGAUAAGAUGGGGGAGACAGCUACUUCAGAUCGUAGUCUGGAAGUGUCGGUUUCAUUUGGUAGAUUUGAGAAUGAUUCAUUGUCUUGGGAGAAAUGGUCAUCUUUCUCACCAAAUAAGUACCUGGAGGAAGUUGAGAAGUGUGCUACACCUGGAUCUGUAGCUAUGAAAAAGGCAUACUUUGAAGCCCAUUACAAGAAGAUUGCUGCUAAAAAGGCUGAGCAACUGGGACAGGAGAAGCAAAUGGAACAUAAACCAUUGGGGUCAAAUGAUCAAAAUGGUGGAGAUCCCAUUGGAAAAGCUAAUGGGAUAGAUUCUGAAUUUGAUACUUUCAAUACCCAAACUUCUAGUGAAGGGACUAGGCAAGAAAUCAAAUUGGACAGUGAAUUGGACUCUGGCCUUGUCAACGAACCUUAUGAAGAUGGUGCAAUCAAUUUAGAAGCUCAAGGCUUAUCAGUUGAACAAGCGGAAGAGGAAUUGUGUAGCAGAAUAGAUGGCCCCUCAUUAAAUAAGCCAGAAGAAACUCCUUUUGUUAGAGAAGCAGAAACUAUACCCAUGGAGUCUCAGGCGAUGAAAGACUUGCCAAAGAAGUUGGACAAAGAAGCAGAAAGCAUUCCUAUAGUUAAGGAGAGAAAUGCAAAGAUAAAUCAACGAAAGGAGCCUCAAAAGACUUCUCCAAUGAGUAAGGUUAGAGAUAUGGCAAGGAUAAAGAAGAAACCAGCAUCACCUGUAGCUAAAUCAACCCAACUUUCCACUCCGAAGGUCACAAAGACGGGGCCAACUUCCGGCGUAUUGUCUACACCACAGUCUUCAACAAAGAAAGCAACUGUUUCAUCAUUACCAAAGAGCAAGAGUCCUUCUGUGGCAGGAAACAACAAAGUGGCUCCUAAAUCCUUGCACAUGUCUCUUAGUAUGGAUACUCCAAAUUCUGAUCCAGCUCCUCUCGCUGCAGCUCCUACAACAACUGCUAGGAAAUCGUUUAUUAUGGAGAAAAUGAAAGAUAAGGAGAUCGUUAAACGAGCAUUUAAGACAUUCCAAAACAAUUAUAAUCAAUUGAAAUCUUCUGCUGAUGAGAGAUCUUUGGUAGCAAAGCAGGUGCCCACAAAGGGGACAGAAGUUAAAGUUUCCAGUUCUAUGACUCCACGAAAAGAGAAUGCAGGGUCUUUCAAAGCAGUUAGUAUGGAUAAGAAAACUGCUAAGGCAGCCCCAUCUUCGUUUGGCUUGAAAAGUGAUGAAAGGACAGAGAGAAGGAAAGAGCUUUCUAAGAAAUUGGUAGAAAAAUCAAAUGCUAAUGAGGCAGAGAGUACAGGCCUUCGAACAAAAUCAAAGGAGGAAAAAGGGGCAGAGAUUAGAAAGCUAAGACAGAGCCUCAAUUUCAAAGGAAGGCCCGUGCCAGGUUCUUAUCAGCGACAAAAGAUAUCAAAAAGCCCUCUAGAUAAGGAGGGCUCCAAGACACUUGGGAUAUAGAGAGGCAUGCAUCAUCUACCAAGAACAGGACACUCGAAUGUUCUAUGAAGGCUGAUGGUUUUAGCACCACCACUUUGAUCUACUUCCACUUUGGAAGCUGCACAUAUGGACAAGGGCAAUACACAUUGAUGAACUGCUUUCCAGUUAGGACUGCUGCCGUAAUAUUAUAACUCAGCAAACAGCAAAAUAAUAUUUGAUUAGUCACCUUUUGUAUAUUGAGCUGCUACAAGAAACCAGAUAUCAUUGAUCAUAUUGUCAUCCGGGUCUCUCCCGCCACAUGUAUUGGAGAAAGUUGUCAUGUAAGAUGAAAAAGUUCUAGAUAUAUAUGGACCUUGUAAUUGAUUGCGACCAUAUACUUGUAAGGUUUACAUUGGUUCCAUACUGCAUCGUGAUUGCUAUUGCCACUACUA